GACACAAAGAUCUGUAUUUUUUAAAUCUAUAAUUUGUAGAGUGGGGAGGGAUAGAAUGGCAAACACAGCGUGUUUUAUAAUAGUGGGUCGGAAUGAUAUUCCCAUCUAUGAAGCUGAAGUUGGUUCUGCUCCCAAAAGAGAAGAUGCUGCUCAGUUGCACCAGUUUAUACUACACGCUGCAUUAGAUGUCGUCCAAGACCUUGCCUGGACUACAAGCGCCAUGUUCUUGAAGUCAGUUGACAGGUUUAACGAUCUCGUUGUGUCCGUCUAUGUUACCGCUGGCCAUACACGACUCAUGCUCCUUCAUGAUUCACGCAAUGAAGACGGCAUAAAGAGCUUCUUCCAGGAGGUGCAUGAGCUUUAUAUUAAGAUUCUUCUGAAUCCAUUGUAUCUGCCCGGUUCUCGGAUUACAUCGUCACAUUUUGACACCAAGGUGCGUGCACUUGCAAGAAAGUACCUGUAGAGAAGCACGGAGAGAUCCUGACUUGCAGUUUGGUGGAGGUCCAAAGCCCAAAAGUUGCAGUCAAUUGUUUGUUAUUGUGUUUGUUUAUGUUCAAAUGCUAGAGUUCUAUUCUUCAUAGCUUGCAAGCAAUGUUUUAAUGUAUGAGAUUUUUUUAGUAAGAGAAAUAAUCCAUUCAGUCCAAACCCCAUAGUUUCAUUU